UUACAGGUUAAUGACCUGGUCCAGUAUUUACUCAUAAUGGAUCAGAAAAAAUAUCCCAUUAAAAAACUAGAUAUAAAUAAAAUUGUACUGAAAGAUACAAGUAAGGCUUUUCCCCUUGUAAUGAAAAGGGCAUCAGAAAAACUGUCAGAGGUAUUUGGUAUUGAUGUAGUAGAAUUACAAGAUAAACACAAGGGAAGUUAUAUAUUGGUCAGUAAAUAUGAAAAUGAUGUUGAGAAACCUCAUAUCUUAUGGCCUGAAGAAGACAACUGUCAUACUGGGUUAUUAGUCAUUAUAUUGAGUUUGAUAUUUAUGAAUAAUAAUGUCAUGCAAGAUUCUGAACUAUGGCAUACAUUGAAGAAAUUAGGUAUUGAUCCAGAAGUUCAUCAUGAAACAUUUGGAGAUGUGAAGAAAUUAGUUACACAAGAAUUUGUUAGACAGGCUUAUUUAGAAUAUAUCAAACAACCACAGACAGAUCCUUUAGUUUAUGACUUUAAAUGGGGACAGAGGGCAAAGGCAGAAACAUCCAAAAAUAACAUUCUUCAUUUUGUCAGUGAGGUA